AUGCUCUGUCGAGGAACGCAUUCUCCGCUAUCUCAUCCUCCCAACACACCUCUAUCCCGUCGGACGUUCGUCCGACCUACUUCCUCGAGACAACAGCAGCAGCCAACACCAGCCAACACAAUUACACCCACAACACCCAAACCCACCUCCCCGCCACCCGCUUCAUCAUCAUCAUCUUCUGCUGAUCAUGCUUCGCGAAUCCUCGCCCCAACACCCAGCCACCAAACCACCGCCAACAUCUCCAAGACCGGCCUUUCGGACAAACCGCUGGAGCUGGAAGUCUCCGCGGACGAGAAAGUCGACUGGACGCGGUCAUUUCACGGGCUCAGCGCUGCGCCUUUUCCCAAGGAAGCAGCAGAUAUCCUCCUUGCCCCGACAGACCCGGAGGAAGUCGAGAUCAAACCCGAUGGGAUCCUCUACCUGCCCGAGAUCAAGUACCGACGGAUCUUGAACCGCGCGUUCGGGCCCGGUGGGUGGGGUCUAGUCCCCCGGAGUGAGAGUAUCGUGACGCCGAAGACGGUGACACGCGAGUAUGCCUUGGUUUGCAAUGGACGUCUGGUGUCCGUUGCGCGUGGCGAACAGGAUUAUUUCUCGCCUGAUGGCAUCCCCACCGCUACCGAGGGCUGUCGCUCCAAUGCACUUGUUCGAUGCUGUAAGGAUCUGGGAAUCGCCAGCGAACUUUGGGAUCCGCGCUGGAUUCGCAAGUACAAGGCCCAGUACACGCGGGAGGCGUUUGUUGAACAUGUCGUCAACAAGAAGAAGACUAAGAUCUGGGUGCGUAAGGGUGAUCCGGUGUCGUAUCCGUGGAAGGAGACCAACACGCGAUGA